UCCGAGGGAGAGGAGAUAUUGAAAAGGAUUCAGAAUUAUAAAGGAGUCACCGGGCUGUUGAUCGUCAACAAAGAAGGCGUGCCCAUAAGAACCACCCUGGACAACUCAACCUCCGUCCAGUAUGCUGGUCACCUGAGGAGCCUGGCCGCCCAAGCACAGCACUGCGUUCGUGACAUUGACCCACAAAAUGACCUGACCUUCUUCAGAAUUAGGUCAAAGAAGUACGAGGUCAUGGUCGCACCAGAUAGCGAAUAUCUCCUCGUAGUCAUGCAAAAUCCACUGAACUGA